UUGCUCCGGAAAUCGAGGUGCGAAUAUGGCCGACUGCUCGUAUCUUUUCACAUUGCUCCAGGUAGUUUAGCCUUUGACAGAAACAGUGAGUGAUACGUUUAUGUUUUCGAUAAGAGGCGCGAGUGUAGAAUGAUAGCCGUGGACAACGAGUCCGGCGUCAUCGAUACGAUAACGUGAUCCUGGAAAACGGAGAGGUGAUUUGUGCCGAGCAAAACUGGAAUCUUUUGUUGAGUAUAAGAAUAUGGCAAGCCCCUCGCCACAGUCUUCGCCCAUGCCACCUCCGCAAGCUCCUAGCCCCAUGGGUCCUCCUCAACAGGCACCGUCCCCAUCUAAUGCACAAGGCAGUCCGAUGGGACCUCCGCAACACCAUCCCCAUAGUCCCACACAGGGUUAUCAAAGUGGUCCGCCAAUGCCACCUGGAGCACCUCCUAUGAGCCAACCACCACAGCCUCCACCACAACAACAAAACUAUCCCCCUCAUCCGCAGCAGAUGCCGCCUAAUAUGGGUCCACAGAUCCUUGGAAAGCGUCACGGAUCACCUGAAAGUAAUGUUGCACGUGUCUGUUAUCUUAACGUUAUUUCUGCAAAAACGAUAAAUGAGAAUCAAGGGCCAGGCGGCCCAGUAGGCCAAGUUCCAACUUCUCAGGGUCCCGGAGGACCUAUGGUGCCUGGCCAGAUGGGUCCGAAUGGUCCACAAAGUGGAUCUCAUAUGAUGCAAGGCGGUCCCAACCAAAUGGGUUCUAAUGGACCAGGUCAAAUGGGUCCCGGCGGCCCGGGUCAAAUGGGUCCCGGUGGUCCAGGUCAAAUGGGUCCCGGAGGACCUGGACAAAUGGGACCAGGAGGUCCUGGACAAAUGGGACCAGGAGGUCCAGGACAAAUGGCGCCAUCUCAUAUGGUGCAAGGUGGUGGUCCUCAUAUGGGUCAAGGCGCGCCAGGGCAAAUGGGUCCUGGAACUGGACCGAUGCAAGGUCCUCAGAUGGGUGGAGGUCCUCAAGGUUCUCAAAUGGUUCCCGGAGGACCCGGACACAUGGGAGGACCUCCAGGUCAUAUGAACGCAAGCGGUCCACCAGGACCAGGACACAUGACUUCUGGUGGACCUCCUGGUCCAGGACACAUGGGUGGAGGAGCUGUAUCAGGACACAUGAACGCCAGCGGGCCACAAGGAUCUACCAAUUUGUGCGGGAGUGGUCCUCCCGGGCCGGGGCACAUGAAUACUAGUGGACCACCUGGACCAGGUGGUCAUAUGGGCACUGGCCCUCCAAUUUCUGGUCACAUGAAUGCAAGUGGCCCACCAGUAUCUACGCAUAUGAACGCGAGCGGUCCGGGAAGUCACAUGGGUGGAGCUCCUAAUCAGAUGGCAAGUGGUCCUACAGGACACGGUAUGGGUCCAGGAGGUCCGAACCAGAUGGUUCCGGGUGGACCGAAUCAGAUGAUUUCGAGUAAUCAAGGACAAAUGGGACCGAACGGACCGAUAGGUCCUGGACAGACAGGACAAAUGGGACCGAACGGACCUGGUCAAAUGGGUCAUAACGGACCAUCGCAAAUGGGUCCGAAUGGACCUGGACAAAUGGGCAUGGGUGGACCACCGGGUCAAAUGAGUAUAAAUGCACCAGGUGGACAAAUGGGACCAGGUGCACCAGGCAAUCAAAUGGGACCUUCUGGUCCAGGCGGUCAACUAGGACCAGGCGCACCAGGCGGCCAAAUGGGACCAUCCGGUCCGGGUGGUCAAAUGGGGCCAGGAAGUGGUCCUGUAGGUCAAAUGGGUCCGAACAAUCUUGGUCAAAUGGGUCCGGGAAGUGGCCCAGGAAACGUGCCAAUGACAACAAGUAGUGGACCUGUUUCUAUGGGACCAGGAAAUGGACCUAACGGACCUGGAAUUGGCUCAGUUGGUGGACCUGGCGGCCAGAUGACAUCGAGUAGUGGUCCCGGAGGACAAAUGGGGUCAGCCGGUCCUGGGAGCACUUCUGGAGGUCAAAUGGGCCCAGGAAAUGGUCCUGGAGGACAAAUAAACGCUGCUAGUGGACCUGGUGGUCAAAUGACACCUGGAAGCGGACCUGGAGGCCAAAUGGGACCUGGCAGUGGACAAAUGGGACAUGGUGGCAGUGCACCCGGAGGCCAAGUGGGGCCAGGAAGCGGUCCUGGUGGUCAAAUGGGACCAGGAAGUACUUCCGCUGGUCAAAUGGGACCAGGGGGACAAAUUUCAUCUGGUGGUCCGAAUCAAAUGAUGCAAGGAGGCCCGGUUGGUCAAAUGGGUCCGGGCACUCCGAGCAAUCAAAUGGGACCGUGUGGUCCGAGUAAUCAACUUGGUCAUGCGAACACUGGCGGGCAAAUGGGGCAUAACGGACCGGUCAGUCAAAUGGGUCCUACUACUCCUACUACUUCAAUAGGUCCCGGGAGUCAAAAUCAAGGACAAGUUUCCGGUGGAACACCGCCGCUUGGAUCGGGUGCACCAGUAAACCAAAUGAGUCAAACUGGAAGUGGACAGAUUGGACCUACCGGUCCUACAGGACAACCUGGGCCCGGACAAGAGAAUCUGAAUGCUCUUCAAAAAGCUAUUGACUCCAUGGAAGAAAAAGGCUUACAAGAAGAUCCUCGAUAUUCUCAAUUGUUAGCCUUAAGAGCUCGUCAAGGCAGCGGCAUGGGAGAGAAGCAAGCAUUUAAUCCACAACAAAUGCAACAACUACGAGCUCAGAUAAUGGCGUACAGAUUGUUAGCAAGAAAUCAACCGGUACCUCAACAAAUUUCACUGGCUGCACAAGGUGGCGGUCCUGCUCCCCCAGGGAUGGGUCAACGCCCCAUAGAUCCGUCUCAAGCCCCGGCUACAACAGCUGGGCCACAAAUACCGGGUCCAAAUGUUAUUGGUCCUGCAGGUGCUAGACCGGGUUGUCAAACGCCACAGCAACAACAGCAGCAACAACAACAACAGCAACAACCUCAGCCAGGAGCUAAAACUAAUAGAGUGACGAGCGUGGCGAAGCCCGCUGGGUUGGAUCCGUUAUUGAUACUGCAAGAACGAGAAAACAGAGUCGCGGCUCGCAUAUCACUUAGAAUGGAGCAACUCAGCAAUUUACCGACAAACAUGCCAGAAGAUCUCCGAAUACAAGCUCAGAUCGAACUGCGCAUGCUUAGAGUGCUAAAUUUCCAGAGGCAAUUAAGAUCAGAGAUCAUAGCAUGUACACGAAAAGACACCACUCUUGAGACUGCGGUAAAUGUGAAAGCUUAUAAACGUACGAAGCGGCAAGGAUUGCGCGAAGCCAGGGCUACCGAAAAGUUAGAGAAGCAACAGAAACUAGAAGCAGAACGUAAACGAAGACAGAAACAUCAAGAAUUUCUCACCUCCGUGUUACAACAUGGCAAGGACUUCAAAGAAUUUCAUCGCAAUAACGUCGCGAAGUUGGCUAGACUUAACAAAGCAGUGCUUAAUUAUCACGCGAACGCCGAACGGGAACAGAAGAAAGAACAAGAGCGCAUUGAGAAAGAGCGUAUGCGCCGUCUCAUGGCGGAAGACGAAGAGGGAUAUAGGAAACUGAUCGAUCAAAAGAAAGACAAACGUUUGGCAUUCUUGUUGUCCCAAACCGACGAGUAUAUCAGCAAUCUCACGGAAAUGGUUAAGCAACACAAAAUAGAACAAAAACGGAAACAAGUUGAGGAACAAAAACGCAAGAAGAAAAAGAAGAAGAUACAAGAUGGCGAGAACGGUGAAGAGGGCACAGCUAACGAUGACACUCGUGUCGGUGUGAUAGAAACGGCCACUGGCCGCACAUUAACCGGCGACGAGGCACCAUUGAUGAGUCAAUUGUCGGCAUUUUUGGAACAACAUCCCGGAUGGGAGCCGAUUGAAUCGGAAAGUGAGGAUGAAGAAGGUGAGGAAGAUGAGGAAGAGAAUGGCGAAAGCGACAAAUCAGAGAAGAAAGCCCCGGGCGAUUCCGAAGAAGAUAAAGUUAAGAAAACGAUACACAAAGCGAAAGUGGAGGACGACGAAUACAAAACAGAAGAACAGACAUAUUAUAGUAUUGCUCACACUGUACACGAAGUUGUCACGGAGCAAGCGAGCAUUAUGGUGAAUGGAAAACUAAAAGAAUAUCAAAUUAAGGGUUUGGAGUGGUUAGUUUCACUUUUCAACAAUAAUCUAAACGGUAUUUUGGCGGACGAGAUGGGUCUCGGUAAAACAAUCCAGACUAUCGCUCUAGUAACAUAUCUUAUGGAGAAGAAAAAAGUCAACGGUCCAUUCCUUAUCAUUGUUCCAUUAUCGACAUUAUCGAACUGGGUUCUCGAAUUUGAGAAAUGGGCGCCAAGCGUUGUCGUAGUGUCUUACAAAGGUUCUCCAGCUGGCAGAAGGGCGAUACAGUCUCAGAUGCGAGCCACAAAGUUCAACGUUCUACUGACGACUUACGAAUACGUUAUAAAAGACAAGGGUGUAUUAGCCAAGUUGCAAUGGAAGUACAUGAUCAUCGACGAAGGUCACAGGAUGAAGAAUCAUCAUUGCAAACUGACACAAGUGUUGAACACGCAUUACUUGGCUCCCCACCGGCUAUUGUUAACGGGUACGCCGUUGCAAAACAAAUUGCCGGAACUUUGGGCGCUCUUGAAUUUCCUGCUGCCUUCGAUCUUCAAAUCCUGCAGCACGUUCGAACAGUGGUUCAACGCUCCCUUCGCUACCACUGGUGAAAAGGUGGAACUGAACGAGGAAGAGACCAUUUUAAUUAUCCGUCGUUUGCACAAAGUCUUGCGGCCUUUCUUACUGAGACGUUUGAAGAAAGAAGUGGAGUCGCAAUUGCCCGACAAAGUGGAGUACAUUAUCAAAUGCGACAUGUCUGGUCUGCAGAAAGUACUUUACAAACACAUGCAGAGUAAAGGUGUGUUAUUAACCGACGGAUCGGAAAAGGGAAAGCAAGGCAAGGGCGGCGCGAAAGCUCUUAUGAACACAAUCGUACAAUUGAGAAAACUAUGCAAUCAUCCGUUUAUGUUCCAAGCUAUAGAAGAGAAAUAUUGCGAACACGUAGGCACUCAAGGUUCCGGCGUUAUUACCGGACCCGAUCUGUUUCGCGCGUCCGGAAAGUUCGAACUUCUCGAUCGUAUUUUACCCAAACUGAAGGCUACAAAUCACAGAGUAUUACUGUUUUGCCAAAUGACUCAGUUGAUGACAAUUAUGGAAGAUUAUCUGAGUUGGCGGGGAUUCAUGUAUUUAAGAUUGGACGGCACAACGAAAGCGGAAGACAGAGGAGAUCUGUUAAAGAAGUUCAACGAUCCCGGAUCGGAAUAUUUCCUGUUCUUAUUGUCUACGCGCGCCGGCGGUCUCGGUUUGAAUCUCCAGGCUGCGGACACGGUCAUCAUCUUUGAUUCGGAUUGGAAUCCUCAUCAGGAUUUGCAAGCUCAAGACAGAGCGCACAGAAUAGGACAGAAGAACGAAGUGCGCGUACUUCGAUUAAUGACUGUCAAUUCGGUGGAGGAGCGAAUAUUGGCAGCGGCCAGAUACAAAUUGAACAUGGACGAGAAAGUAAUUCAGGCCGGUAUGUUUGAUCAGAAGUCCACCGGGUCUGAGCGACAACAGUUUCUUCAGAGUAUUCUGCAUCAAGACGAUGCCGAGGACGAAGAAGAGAACGAAGUGCCCGACGACGAGACCGUAAAUCAGAUGAUCGCCCGAACGGAAGGAGAAUUCGAGACCUUCCAGAAGUUGGACUUGGAAAGACGGCGCGAGGAAGCGAAAUUGGGUCCGAAUCGCAAAUCGCGUCUGCUGGAGGAGGCCGAAUUGCCCGACUGGUUGGUAAAGGAUGACGACGAAGUGGAAAGGUGGACGUACGAAGAGGACGAAGACAGAUUCCUCGGUAGAGGUUCGAGGCAACGUAAGGAAGUAGAUUAUACAGACAGUCUAACCGAGAAAGAGUGGUUGAAGGCGAUCGACGACGACGGGGCCGAAUACGAGGAAGAGGAAGAGGACGAUAAGAAGAAGAAGAAGACGCGAAAACGAAAGAAAAAGGGAGAGGAGGACGACGAGCCUAUGCCGAAGAAACGUAGGGGCGGCGGUUCCUUAGUCGAUCCCAAGAUGAAACGGGCCAUGAAGAAAUUAAUCUCGGUAGUUGUUAAUUACACUGACAGCAGCGACGGUCGAUUACUGAGCGAACCUUUCAUGAAAUUACCGUCUCGAAGGGAAUUGCCCGAUUAUUAUGAAAUUAUUAAGAAACCUUUAACCAUUAACAAGCUGUUGCAAAAAAUUGAGGAAGGCAAAUAUGCCGAUUUAGAUGAGCUCGAGAAAGAUUUCAUGCAACUUUGCAAGAAUGCUCAAAUUUAUAACGAAGAGGCGUCUCUUAUUCACGAGGAUUCGAUAGUGUUACAAUCUGUAUUCACAAACGCGCGUCAGCGUCUCGAAGAGGAGGGUAAUAAUUCUGACGAUGAUAAAGAUGGCGAAGAGGGCUCGGAUGCGGAUUCUAGUGUGCGAAUGAAAAUAAAAUUAAAAGGAAGAAAAGGCGAGGGAAGAGGCGGUCGUAGAAAGCGAGUCACUAAAAAGUAUAUAUCCGACGAUGAUGAUGACGUGGACGAUAAUUGAAGAAGCAUAUUACUUUUCCCCCUUUUGAGGACGGUAUUUGCUUUGAAUUAUUUCAAUGUGUCAUUAUAGCAUUUGUUUAUAAAAAGAAGACAAAAAGAAACAUUUAUUGCUUGAUGAUGGUGUUAUGCGAAAGUACAAUGGGGAAUUGUAACUUGACUCUCAUCGAAUUGUAAAGUUCUAUUGUGAUGUGGAGAACGGUUAUCGGCAUACUGGGAUACACAUUUCACAUCGUAUUAAUGUAAUUUAUAAUAAACAAAACCGGACGGUAAAUGAAACAUUGAUGCAAUGUGCACUUGUGUUGAAUCUGUGAAUUGUGAACACACAUUUAUAUUUACCGAGUAUCAAGAUAUAUAUAUGUAUAUUUUUAAGAUUUAUUUGCAUUAAUCUCGACAUCUCACAGAAUUUUUAUUUAAGUUUUUCGUACAUGUAAAAGAGUCUCGUAAAAAAGUGCCGCAUCUGCAUUUUUUUUUUUUUUUUAAUCAAUUCGAACGUGCUUUAAAGAAGAAACAAACAAAAAAGCUUGCGGUUCUUUUAAUUUUAUCGUUGAAGCGUUGUUGUUCCCCGCCUGAAUUGUAUAAUAAACUCUACAUAUUACAUUUCUACAAGUGAUCAGGUAUAUAUAAAUAUAAUAUACAAAAUAUGUAAAGAAACUUACAUUUAAUUCGCUGACACAGUAUCAUGUAACCCAUUUGCAAAAAUCUUUGCUAAAAAAACAAGAAAAAAAGAACGAAUAAUAAUAACUAGGUUUAAUUAUUUGUGAAUAAAAAAAAAAAAAAAAAGUCAAUAAUUUAUUAACGUCGGUCACAUUGUGUGUCGUCGCCGAUCUAUAUAUUUCUAAUUAUACGACUUGAUUUUUUUUUAUUUGCCCUUUUUUUGUACAUUGCAUCGGCGGUGAUGUAUUGGCGCGAUAUUUUGCGCGCUCUUAUAUAAAAAAAAAAACUUGUUUAUACUAUUUAAAAAUAUUAUAAACACAAUUGUCAAUAUAGGAAAAAACUGAGCUCUUUUUCUCUCUUUCUUUUUCUCUUUCUCUCUAACUCGUCCGAUGAACUUUAUUUAAAAAGUUUCCGCAGAAUUAAAAUAAAAUGUAUGGAGAUGUAACGGAGAUGGUCUCUUUAUAAUUAGAAUGUAAUGGACUUUUUAGUAUUAUCACACCGGUGAUCUUCUCUUUGGUACGUCGUACACAUCGUGGGAUGUGUCGUAUUUUUUUUUUUUUUUUUUUUAAUUGUAUAUUUCCAUUAAAACUUUCGCAAUUCCGAUAUUUUACACAUCGGAGAUGUGUUAUAAACUGUACUAUCGCAAACCACAUUUGCGUGACACGAUUAAUUAUAAUUUCUCGAAGAUUUACGGCACGCACACACAUUUACGUGUGUGCGCAUGUGUGUAUCUGUGUGUGUAUGUGUGUAUGUGCGUGUGUGUGUGUGUAUGAUGAUGGAAAACCCAAUUCUAUGUAUAUGCAAAUGUACAAUAGAACGAGAAGUAUAUAAAUAAAUUACAGUAUAAAAAUUC